UUCUAGGUAGACUGCUCACUAGGUUUUGUGACAGUAUGAUUUAGAGUCUGUUUAUGUAGCUUUGCUCUUUAACCCAUAACAACGCAUUGUCUUCAUUGAGCAGGCCAACAUCACUGCACUUUUAUGCAUUUAAGAAACUGUUAUUGUAAAGCUAAAAUAUAAAUGUACUUAUUGUUCUACCUGUUUAACUAUAGUAUUCAGUAAAAAUCCUCCAACAGCACAAGACUGAAGUAGCUAGUACUGUAGCUAGCAUAGACUCAUGGAGUGCCCUCAUCUCAACUCCACUGUCUGUAUCACGGUGGAUCCGACCCGGUUCCCCAACGGUUCCCCUUCAUCAUGGUGCUGUACUGUUUGCCGGUCAAACAAAAGCCCAUGGGUUUGCCUGACCUGUUUGAACGUGCAUUGUGGAAGGUAUGUUAAUGGCCAUGCGAAAAAGCAUUUCGAGGAGAUUCAAGCUCAAGGUGGUGGUCAGCGCAAGCCAGAGCGAGAGAAGUGUCAGCAGCACUCUGUGUGUAUGGACUGUAACAGUUAUAGCACGUUCUGUUACAGAUGUGACGAAACUGUAGUGAAUGACACAAAACUGGGACAUGUGCAGAGGGUCAGAGAGCAUCUUCAGAGUUUGGAAAACUCUAUUUCCCAUACUGACAGACAACGGAAAAGAAAGCUUUCCGACAGUUCAUCUCCUGACAACAAGCUGAAGAAGGACAAUGAUGGCUCUCCUGCUCUUUGUGCCACGGGCCUGCGCAACUUGGGCAACACCUGCUUCAUGAAUGCCAUCCUCCAGUCCCUGAGUAACAUCCAGGUGUUCAGCUGUUAUUUCAAGGAACUGCCCUCUGUAGCCUUACGAAGUGGGAAAACGGCGGGAAGGAGAAUGUACCAUACCAGAAGCCAAGGGGACAGCAGUGUGUCUCUGGUUGAGGAGUUCAGGAAAACUCUCUGUUCACUUUGGCAAGGGAGUCAGACAGCCUUCAGUCCAGACGCACUCUUUUAUGUCAUCUGGAAAAUAAUGCCAAGUUUCAGGGGUUACCAGCAGCAGGAUGCUCAUGAAUUUCUCCGUUACCUGCUGGAUCAUCUGCACCGAGAGCUGCAGGGAAGCAAUAAUGGGUCACCCAGUCCUGCCUUGCCUGCUGACCGACCCAAACAGCCCUCAGAGAGCAAAUGCUACAUGUACGAGACAACACUAAAUGGGACCUCCACUAUUGUUACAUCUUUGUUUGGUGGUGUCCUUCAGAAUGAGGUGAACUGCUUGAUAUGUGGGACCGAGUCGAGAAAAUUUGACCCAUUCCUAGAUCUUUCAUUGGACAUUCCCAGCCAAUUCAGAAUCAAGACCACAAAAGACCAGCAACCAGGGCCAACGUGCACUUUGAGUGAUUGCCUUCGUAGUUUCACAGACCUAGAGGAACUCGACGAGACGGAACUCUAUAUGUGUCACAAGUGCAAAAAGCGACAACUGUCCACCAAGAAGUUUUGGGUCCAGAAAAUGCCCAAGGUGCUGUGUUUGCAUCUGAAGAGGUUCCACUGGACAGCGUUUCUGAGAAAUAAAAUUGAUACAUAUGUAGAGUUUCCCAUGCGCGGCCUUGACAUGAAAAGUUACUUGUUAGAGCCUGAAAACAGCUUGCCUGAAAGAUGUCUGUAUGAUCUUGCUGCUGUUGUGGUACAUCAUGGAUCUGGCAUCGGCUCUGGUCAUUACACAGCAUACGGACGUCACGAGGGUCGAUGGUACCACUUUAACGACAGCACGGUCACUCUGGUCAGCGAGGAGGCUGUGCUUAAGGCCAAGGCCUAUAUCCUGUUCUACACAGAGCAUAUCGAUCAAGACAAGCAAGUCUCAGAGAGUCACCCCAAGCUUUAAUAAGACUAACUGUACUUCCUCCAGCUCAGUACAACCGAUCAGUUACUGGACCUUCUUAUGUGUAUAGUCUGUUUUAUGUUAUCCAGGUAUCAUUUCCGCAUCACAAAACCUCAAUACAAACCGAACUGCUGCUUAUGUUUUAAUCUGACACAUUGCCGUUUAAUAGAUUGCCUCAGUUUUUUGUUUUCAUAUGUCACCAGUGUAAGGUUUGUUAGUGACUGAAAUGAGAAAUGAUUACAAAGGUAAUACUUAUUCAUAGCAAAAAUGGAUGACUCAGAUUGACUCUUGAAACAAAAUGCUUUACAGCUGAAAAUCAGAUAUUUUUCUCACUAAGUGUGUUUCUGUGUCAGACACGAUGGCCUCCCACUCACAACAAUGUUCUUCUGGUUGUUCCAGGAAAAUGUAUUUGAAUUAAAGGGAUAGUUCACCCAAAAAUGACAAUUGGGUCAUGAUUUACUCACCCUCAUUUGGAGCAACAUAAGGAUGAGUAAAUGAUGACAGAAUUUAUUUUGGGUGAACUAUUACUACAUUGUUGAUGGGGGUAUUUCCAAGCCAAAACUUGAAAUAGAUGAUGUUACGUGAUAAUAAAAGUGUCAUUUGUACCACAAAGCGGUAGUUGAUUCAAAUACAGCUGUCACCUCACUAAUGUGAACAUUACUUUUGAAGAGAGGGUCCACUAUCUCAUGUGUUUUGUGUCCUUUAUGCUUGAAAAUGUUUGAAAUGUACAGUUUCUGUCCUUUUAGAAUUAAAGGGAUGCAGAUUGUGCAGAGGUUAGCUGUUUGUUUUUUUAUGUUGAUCCAAAAUCAUUUGUCUAUGAUAUGAAGUUCAUGUCAGAGGCAAAAUUUGUUUCUCUUCAGAUCAUCAAAUAAGGGAACAUUCCUACUAAUAUUCACAGUUUGUUUUUGUCAUGAAAAAAACAAUAGUUAAUUAUUCUGACAUUUUUUAUGUGAGGCCCUCUCAUGCUAAUUGUUAAGAUAAUAAAUUGUAUUGCCAGAAUUUGGAUAAACUUCAUUACAAAGCAUCAUUAUAUUCUCAAAAACGAAAACUUCCUACCAUGUAAUUCACAAUCUAAAAAUGUAAUUGUAUUAAUAUAUUGGUGUUUCUUCAAAUUCAGGCACUUAAAUGUCCCUGGGGUUGAUUUUCAUCAAAACAGAUUAAAUAAAUAAAUAAAUAAAUUAUACACGGAUCUUGUUAAAACCAAAUUGGAAACUUUUUACCAGGCCUUCAUCAUUUAUUUUUGGUACUUCUCAAAUGCCUUAUACAGUAUGUAUAGAUUUGAUUGUUUUAGUCUAAUCCCAGACCCAGACUUUCAAUAUUAAACAAAUUUAUUCUGAAUGCAAUUAAUUUAUAAAGUUAAAAGCAUUAUUUUUUCUUAAUCGCAAUUAACGUAUUUACCGUUAAUAAAGCAUAACUUAACAGUAUAAACACUGGUUGGAAGGGCUGAACCUUUGUGAUGUGUCUGCCAGUAGUCAUUACAUGGUGGGGAUAGAGAUCUUAAUGCUAUCUGUUGUACAAAACAAGCCUAGAUGGGACUUGUGAUAGAAAUCAAGUAUUAUUUAGCCUAAGGAAGGUACAAUUUAAUUACCACAGAAGCACAUUAAGUCUUAACAAUCACAAAAGAAUGAGAUGUUUUUGUCUGCAAGCGCUUUUCAUGUGAAGUUCAAAGCGGAACUUGACACUGUCGUUAAUCAUGGCUUUAUGAUUGCUGUAGCAAAGUGGAUAGCCACAGUCUACCGGCUGAUUAAUAUUGUGGAUGAAAGUUUAGGAGAUUUAAUGCCCAUUGCAAUGAAAAUCCAACCUAUACGGGGGCUAGUUCUUUCAAUUAGUCAAACUCACACUUAGGCUUUGGGAAUCGUUUAAUGUUACUUGAAUUGGUGCUAUUUUAGUGCAUUUCUAUCUUUUUACUGUGGAAGGCUUUGUUUGGAAAAUGUUAAAUUAAGCAUUAUAUUGUUAUAUAGUGUUUCCUAAGAUGAAAAUAAAUGCAUUUUGACAGGACAAGAAGUAUAUAUAGUGUCAAAUUUUAGCACUUUCAAAAUCUGCGAUUAAAAAAAAUGAUGUAAUUGCGCUAAAAAUUUUAAUCGACUGACAGCACUAAUAGAAAUACAAAUUAUAUUACAUAUUUAAAACUUUGAUGAUCUAAAUAAAGAGCUAAAUCAGCAUAAACCAUGUCUAUAUUUUGUGGGGAAAUUAUUUUUAUACAUUUUUAAAAAUAACAACUGUCCCACAGUUGUGCGGUCACAAGUGAUUUUUGAAGAAAACUGAAAAUUCAAAGUAAAGAGUACAAUAACUUGUACUCUUGUACUCAAAGAAUACUUUGAUUGGGUGUCAUUUUCAGUUUUACCAAAUGACGCAAAAAAUUUGAAAAUAUAUUUCAAUUGCGUGUAUUUAGGGUAAAGUGUCAGCUGUGAAAUUAGCCUUAGCAUGACAAAGGAGGUGUCCAAUUUAUUUAAAAACAUUUAAAAAAUGUCAUUUCCAUCAGCGUCAUUUCCACCACAGAACUCUACUAAACACAAUACAGAAUUUGAGAAAAAAUAACAAAAAUGACAUAAAUCUCCUAUGAUGCAUGUACAUACACUGUUGGACAAUGGUAGCAGACAGAUUAGAUAAACUAGUUUUUAAGAGAUUUUACUUUAUAGAAAUCCCAGUGCAAAAAGUGCCCGAAGUAUAAGAAACACCCAUAUAUAAAGAAAAAAUCAACGAUAUCCUUUAAAAAAAAAAAAAAAAAAAGGGUUUUAUAGAGGAUAUAGUGUUUAAUAAGCCUACCUUUUAUUUGGUAUAUUGUCAGAAUCAGAAUGUGCUUUAUUACCAAGUGUUCUCACAUACACAAGAUUUGUUUUUAUUUAUUUUUUUUGGUGAUAGGAGAAACAAGUGCACACAGAACAUUACAGUGAGACACAGAAUAUAAAACAAGGUAAGAGUAUAAAUAGACAUACAAAUAAUAGGACAUAGAAUGGCGUAUGUACAUAUGCAAGUGGUAAUGUAUGUGCAAGUUAGGGGUAUGUACAGUUAUUGAAUUAAAUAUGUGAAUUUACAUAUGUACAUGCUGGGUUGGGAGGGUUACUUUUGAAAAGUAUUCCACUACAGAUUACAGAAUACACACUGUAAAAUGGUACUUUAGCACUGGUAGAUUUUUUCACUUGUUUUGACUAUAAAAACUCUGCCAGUACAGUAAGACAAAAUACAUGUUAAAAAUACAUUCUCUGAAAAACCUAAAUAUCUUAUGCAGUGUUGUUUCUAAAACAAGAUAAAUCUAAAUGAUCUUGUUUUAAAGAUUUUUAGAUAUUUUUACAGGAAAAUAAUAAAACAAUUAUCACGAAUAAGAUUUUUGCCCUAAUAUCAAAGGUCUUACUAGAAAAAAAAAAUUAUGAUCCAAUGUGAAUUUUUUUUGAUAAAAAAAUAUGAUCGUGUCUGGUAACAUGCAUGUAAAACGGUUAGAAAUAGCAUUUUAGCUUGGCGUAAAGCUGACAAUUUAUAUGUAUAAAUGUUUUCCAUCUUAAAAGGACUAAAUAUUAAAUGAAACAAAUGACAAUAAAAUGCAAAGUAAUCUCUUCAGUAAUCAAAAUACUUUUUGAAUGUAACUGUAUUCUAAAUACCAAUGAUUUCAAUUGUAAAUGUAGUGGAAUACAGUUACUUAUAUUUUGUAUUUUAAAUACGUAAUCCCAUUACAUGUAUUCUGUUACUUCCCAAACCUGUGUACAUGAGAUAUGUAUUUACAUUAUUGCACUAUGGGGGAGUCCUGAGGCAGUUUAAUUGUUCAUGAGGAAAAUGGCCUGAGAGUAAAAACUGUUCUUGUGCCUGGAUGUCCUGGUGCUCAGUGCUCUGUAGCGCCGGCUAGAAGGCAGCAGUUCAAAGAGGGAUUGGGCAGGGUGUGUGGGGUCCAGAAUGAUUCUACCUGCACAUUUCCUCACUCUGGAGACGUAUAGGUCUUGGAGGGUGGGCAGGGGGGCACCAAUAAUCCUCUUAGCAGUCCUGACUGUCCGUUGUAGUUUUCUUCUGUCUGAUUUAGUGGCUGAACCAAACCCGACAGUUAUAGAUGUACACAGGACAGACUCAAUGACGGCCGAGUAGAACUGUGUCAGCAGCUCCUGUGGCAGCUGGCGAAGGAAGUACAACCUCUGCUGAGCCUUCUUCACAAUGGAGUCUAUGUGGGUGUCCCACUUCAGGUCCUGAGAGAUGGUAGAGCCCAGGAACCUGAAUGACUCCACUGCUGCCACAGUACUGUUCAGGAUACCAUUAUCAUCUUCACUGUUUUGAGUGUGUUCAGCUCAAGGUUGUUGUGACUGCACCAGACAGCCAGCUGAUCAACCUCCAAUCUGUAUGCAGACUCAUCAUGGAUGAGGCCGAUGACCAUGGCGUUGUCUGCAAACUUCAGUAGCUUGACAGUGGGGUCUUUUGCAGUGCAGUCCUUCGUGUACAGAGAGAAGAGCAGUGGAGAGAGAACACAUCCCUGAGGAGCACCAGUGCUAAUAAUUAGGUCCCAGCUGUGAGUUUCCCCAGUCUCACUAGCUGCUGCCUAUCUGUCAGAAAGCUGGUGAUCCAUCGACAGAUUGGGGUGGGCACGGAGAGCUGGGUCAGUUUGGUUGAGAGAAGAUCAGGCAUGAUGAUAUUGAAGGCUGAACUGAAGUCCACAAAUAGGAUCAUUGCAUAAGUCCCAGGUCUGUCGAGGUGUUGCAGGAUAUAUAUAAUAUUGUACAGUGAUUGUUAACCUGGGUGUGUGUGGCCAGGAGUAAAAAGGAUCUGACACUUGUGUAAUGAUUGUGGUUUAGUUGGGUGUAUUUUGUGUGUAUAAGGAGAUAUGCCCUUGCUCAGUUUUAACAUCCUAAUAGGGAUUGGACAGUUCUGUACGACAACGUGCAGCGAGCAUGUAUUUCUUCUGUUCUGCCCCAUGUCAUCGCUCCAGGCGGAGUGACUUUUUCUUUCAAGCGGAACACUGAAAUUGUUGC